AGCCUUGAUGGCUCACGGCGCACAGGGCCGCAGGUCACACGACCGUACACUCCAUACCUGAUUUGGCUGCCGCAGGCGGCCCCUCUUCCAUGGCGGCUCUCUUGGUCGCGGGGCUCCUCGCUCUCGCGAGGACCGCCGCGUGCCUGCAGACGGUGACCCAGGAUGGGUCGUUGCACAACCUGACCGUGUGCAACGCUUACGCGGACAGCAGGCCCAUGAACGUGUACUCGCGCGCCAGGGGGUCUCGCGGGCAGGAGGAGCGGGACAGGGCACACGUCAAGCUCACGGAGCAACCCCUCGAGUACAAGAGGUGCAGGAGUCUCGUCGUCGACCUGGCCGAGGACGCGCACAUCGACUUCAGGCUCGGGGGCUUCAGCGUGGGCACCUUCCACGCGAACAACCUGCCUUACGCCUCCGCGUCGCUGCUGCUGGUCCCGUACCACCACACCAACGGCAGCAUGUCCGCCGACUUCCUGUCCCACACGUUCCCGCCGGACGAGGAGGGGUCGCAGAUCGCCGUCCUCGACACCUACACAGGCAGCGCCAGGGGCACCAUGCACAUCCUGUCCGGCGGGCCGAGCCCGGCGGCCGUGGAGCUGCACGGCACAGCGGCCGUGCAGCUGCACGCGGAGGGCGCAGAGGGGAAGCGGCGGCGGACCGCGGAGCUGAAGCCCAGCACGGCGGCGACGCUGGCCGCAGGGCAGUACGAGGUCGUGCUGCGAGACGCCAGCGGCAAUCGCCAGAGGACCGUGUCGCUGGACGCGGCCGCGGGCAGCACCUUCGUGGUGAUCCGCGUGGGCAGCGAGGAGGACGAUCUCGCGCAGGACCUGCUCGUCGCCAAGAUCAGCGGGAGCAGUGGCGCUGCCGGGAGCGGCACCGUCCGGUUGGCCCCCGGCGCCCUGGCCGGGGUCCUCGCGGCGUGCGCUGCCGUUUCUGCCGGGCUGCCGUGAGCGCGGCUGCGACUCGCGGUGCCGGGCCUGGCUCUCCGCCAGUCCGUGGCUCCUGUCCCACUGCAUUCUGGCGACUAUGUACACAUUGCAGGGGCCAGCCGCUCCCCUACUGCACGGGAGUGACAUCCAAAGAGGGCACUGCUGGGGCAUGGGCCCUCGGAUGGCGUACAGACCCCCUGGCAUCGGCCAGGAUGGCGGGACACCGCAUCAUGCCCAGGGUGGCCCUAGCUUGGCAUGGCGGCGGUGCACAGUUGCCUCCCGAUUUUCACGAGGCUUCCCCGGCUCCACGGCUUGCUGCCGGCGGCCCAACAGGUAUUCCGCCUGCCUCCCCUGGUCUCUCCUGCUCGCCCUUUUCCUCGUCCCAGUGGCCGAACCUUUUGCGCUCACCGCCGCUUCUCUAAGUUGUAGAGCCUGGUCUUCCACCAAGUCCUGUUCCGAUGGCACGUGCUCCUCCGCGGUGCCCAUCCGAGAGCACAGGCUCUGUGAUGCAGGCUCGCUCGACGAGGCAUCGACAGGCGGCCUGGACCAUGGGCCGGCGGCGCGAUCAGGGGGGAAGGCAAGGGGGGGCGGGUCGUGUGGCGACUGGGUGCCGUGGGCUGGCUCGGCUGGCUGGUGGGAUGGCUCAUUCGGGCACCCGGCUUCGCUUCUCUCGUGUGCCGACGCAGGGGCCCAUCGAGCGGA